CACUACCAUAAGCAGCAAUGUGUGCAUCCCAUCCCAUCUCCACUCUCGCAUGGCCAUGGCCAUGUCCACACUCCUCUCCCUCUCUUUCCACUCACCAAAACCUCCGCAAAAACCCAAUACGGAACCCAUCAUCUCUACCAAACCUAUCUCUCUUUCUAGAAGACUAGUGUUCCUCGCUGGUUCUUCUACUUCCCUCUGCCUUUUCCUCUCUCCAAUAUCCUCUGCUGAGACGAAAUCCUUGUCAUCCUUCCUUUCCGGCAUUUCUAAUACUAAGUCUUGGUUCCAGUUUUACGGUGAUGGUUUCUCCAUUCGUGUCCCACCUCAAUUUGAGGACCUCACCGAGCCUGAGGAUUAUAAUGCUGGCCUAUCACUAUAUGGAGAUAAGGCUAAGCCGAAGAAAUUUGCAGCACGUUUUGCUUCUUCUGACAGAUCCGAAGUUUUAAGUGUUGUGAUUCGCCCAUCUAAUCAGCUGAAAAUCACCUUCUUAGAGGCCAAAGAUAUUACAGAUUUAGGUUCACUUAAGGAGGCAGCUAAAAUAUUUGUUCCAGCUGGCGCAACACUCUAUUCCGGCCGCUCAAUUAAAAUUAAAGAAGAUGAAGGUUUCAGGACAUACUAUUUCUAUGAGUUUGGUAGAGAUGAACAACAUGUUGCAUUAGUGGUUGCUGUUAACAGUGGAAAGGCUUAUAUUGCUGGUGCCACUGCUCCCGAGAACAAGUGGAAUGAUGAUGGUUUGAAGCUCCGAUCUGCUGCGGUAUCACUGAUAGUCCUAUAAGCAGAAUACCAUAAUUUAGCAGGCAAGAGUUGACAGUGUGUAUCAUCCAUUCUUCUGGAUUCAAUAUUCAAAAAGCAAAGCUCCUGCUAUUUGCAAAGCGAAGACAUUAUAGCCUCAACUAAAGCAGAUUGGAGAUCAACACUCUGCACUGUGGUUAAGCCAUAAUGAAAUUGCAUGGAUUCUACUAAUAUUUCAUGACAGAUGAUCAUAGAUUGAUGUGAUUUUUACUUAUAAUCUUUUUUUUUU